AUGGCAGGGUCCCAGUUAAAACAACUUAAGGCUGCUCUUAAAGACAAAGGAUUAAUUGGUCAAACUAAUGUUUCUCAGAAAAAGCUGAAGAAAAAGAAUUCUCAAUCUUCCACCACCAAUAACACCAAGAAUAUUAAUCGAGAUGAAAAAUUACAACAAUUAAAAGAAAUUCGUGAUCAAUUUAAUAAAUUUGAUCAAAAAAUUAAUCGAUCCAAACAUGACAUUUCUAUUAUUCAUCAAGGUAAAUUUGUUAAAGUUGGAUCAAAACAGCAUAAUUCUCUGGCUAUAAAGAAUGGUAAUAUGCAAAGACAAAUGAAAAUGCAAUAUGAUUUAGAAAAAUUCCAACAUGGUAAAACUGGUGGGAUAUUAGAUAAAAGAUUUGGUGAAAAUGAUUCUCAUUUAAGUAAAGAAGAGAAAAUGUUAGCCAGAUUUACUAAAGAACGACAAUCCGGGUCAUCUAAGAAAAGAAGUGUUUUCAGUUUAGCAAGUGAUGAUGAACAAGAACCAGACGAAAGUGAUGGCGAAGAUAAUGGUGGAUUUAUGUUGACUCAUGGAGGAAAUGCUUUAUCUUUAGAUGAUGAAGAAACUAUUAAUUAUGUUGAUGAAGAUUCUUUGCAACAACAACCGCCAAAGAAGAAAAGUAAAAAUGAAGUGAUGAAAGAAAUCAUUGCCAAAUCGAAAUUUUAUAAACAACAAAGACAAAAAGAAUUUGCCAAGACUCAAGAUCAAAUUGAUGAAUUAGAUGAAGAUUUUGGUGAUGUCAUGGAUGAUUUAAGAAAUGUACAACUGCAAAUUUCUAAAACCACUGCCAAUAGUGGUAGUGGUAAGGCUGAUGGAGUCUUUUCAACUAAAACACCUGAACAAAUUGAAUAUGACAAUAAAGUGAGAGAAUUAACCUAUGAUAGAAGAGCAGUUCCCGCAGAAAGAACGAAAACCGAUGAAGAAAUACGUAAAGAACAUGAAGAGAAAAUGAAAAAAUUAGAAGCUGAUAGAUUAAGAAGAAUGGAAGGAUUUGUUGAUGAUGAUAGAGAUACUCAAGGUGAUGAUUUAGAUAAUGAUUUUUGGGCUGGUAGUGAUAGAGAAAAUGAUGAAAACGAAGCUGAUGGAUUUACUAUUAAGAAUUCAGAUCAAGAAAGUGAUAGUGAGGAAGAAGAACAAUAUCAACCUCCACAUAAAAGACAAGUUAAAUCUCAAAAAAUUACUAGUGUAAUCAUGCCAUUUACAAUUGAAGAAUUUAUACAAGAAAUGUCGAAUGUUGAUCCAAAUAAACAACCAGAAUAUGUUAAGAAAAUAUGUGAAACUUAUAAACCAAAUUUAGCUGAGGGGAAUAAAGAGAAAAUGAGUAAUUUUGUUGGCAUAUUGUUUGAAUAUAUUUUACAUAUUGCCAAUCAAUAUCAAGAUUUUGAACCAUUUGUGAAAAUAUUAAGAAAAUUGGCCGAAUCAUCAACAUCUUCAAGAGCAACCACCAUCACCACCACCACCACAACAACAACAACAACAAAAGCUUACAAUGAAUCAUUAGUUGAAAGAGUUCGUGAACAUAUUAAACAUAUUCAAUCAAGAAUCGAUAAGCAAUUGACUCCUGGAGAUUUAGUAUUUUUCACCAUAAUUGCAUAUUUAUUUUCUUCCUCAGAUCAUUAUCAUAUUGUUAUCACUCCAAGUUUGAUUUUAAUUAAUCAAAUACUAAGUAAUAUAAUUUAUCAUCCGAAAACCGUGACUGACAUUGCUCAUGGAGUUUAUUUAAUCGAUGUUUUAUUAAUGUAUCAACGAUUUGCUAAAAGAUAUGAUCCAGAAAUCAUUAGUUUUAUUGAACAUGCAUUAUUUAUGAUGAUUCCCGAAGUUGAUAAAUUGGAUACUUUGAAAUUAUUAUCAAUUUCUCCUACAGCAGCAACAGCAGGGAGUAUCACCGUGCAAUUUUCCAUGAAUAAAUCAGAAAAAAUAUGUUCACAGGAACAAACAUUAUCAAUUAAACAAUUAUAUGAAGAAGAUUUAAAUAAAUCCAGUUUAAUCAGUAAAUUAAUUCAAUUAAUGGAUAAAUGUGUUACAUUAUGGAAAGAAAAGUCUAGUUUAAUUGAAAUUCUUGAAUCAUUUAUUAGUAUAUUAAAACAUAUCACCAAAUAUAAUGCCACUGUUGCUGGUCCAAUAUUAACUAAAUUCACAAGAUUACAUGCUAAUUUGGUGAAAGAUCGCAAACCAUUGACAUUACAACAUCAUAAAGCCAUCGCCAUUGCCACUUUUGCACCUAAAUUCGAAGAAAAUUUCAACCCUGAUAAGAAAUCUUAUGAUGUUAAUCGAGAACGUCAAGAAUUGAAUAAAGUUAAACAUGAAUUGAAAAAGGAAAAGAAGGCAGCACUAAAAGAUAUUCGUCAAGAAAAUAGAUUUAUUGCACGUGAACAAAUAUCGGAAAAGAAAAGAAUGUAUGAUGAUUAUCAUAAAAAGAUGGCCAAUAUUGUUAAUUCGAUUCAAUCAGAAGAAGGGGCUGAAAAGAAUCAAUAUGAAAGAGAAAGAAAACAAAGGAAAAGAAGAUGA